CCGAAGUCUUUAAAUGCGCUGUGUUGCACGUCACUUUCAAGCGACUUCAUCUUUGUCAGUGCACAAAAUGGCGCCUUACAGCCUACUGGUGACCCGGCUGCAGAAAGCCCUGGGUGUGCGGCAGUAUCAUGUGGCCUCAGUCCUGUGCCAACGGGCCAAGGUGGCCAUGAGCCACUUUGAACCUAAUGAGUACAUCCGCUAUGACUUGUUAGAGAAGAACAUUAACAUCAUUCGCAAAAGGUUGAACCGGCCUCUGACCCUCGCAGAGAAGAUCGUGUAUGGACACCUGGAUGACCCGGCCAACCAGGAGGUCGAGCGAGGCAAGACAUACCUGCGGCUGCGGCCGGACCGCGUGGCCAUGCAGGACGCCACGGCCCAGAUGGCCAUGCUGCAGUUUAUCAGCAGUGGGCUGCCCAAGGUGGCCGUGCCGUCCACCAUCCACUGUGACCAUCUGAUUGAGGCCCAGGUUGGGGGCGAGAAAGACCUGCGCCGGGCCAAGGACAUCAACCAGGAAGUUUAUAAUUUCCUGGCAACUGCAGGUGCCAAAUAUGGCGUGGGCUUCUGGAGGCCUGGAUCUGGAAUCAUUCACCAGAUUAUUCUGGAAAACUAUGCAUACCCUGGGGUUCUUCUGAUUGGCACUGACUCCCAUACCCCCAAUGGUGGUGGCCUGGGGGGCAUCUGCAUUGGAGUUGGGGGUGCUGAUGCAGUGGAUGUCAUGGCUGGGAUCCCCUGGGAGCUGAAGUGUCCCAAGGUGAUUGGCGUGAAGCUGACGGGCUCCCUCUCGGGCUGGAGCUCCCCCAAAGAUGUGAUCCUGAAGGUGGCCGGCAUCCUCACAGUGAAGGGUGGCACAGGUGCUAUCGUGGAAUACCAUGGGCCCGGCGUCGACUCCAUCUCCUGCACUGGCAUGGCGACAAUCUGCAACAUGGGCGCAGAAAUCGGGGCCACCACUUCAGUAUUCCCUUACAACCACAGGAUGAAGAAAUACCUGAGCAAGACAGGCCGGGCAGAGAUUGCCAAUCUAGCUGAUGAAUUCAAGGAUCACUUGGUGCCUGACCCUGGCUGCCAUUAUGACCAAUUGAUUGAAAUUAAUCUCAGCGAGCUGAAGCCACAUAUCAAUGGGCCCUUCACCCCUGACCUGGCUCACCCUGUGGCAGAAGUGGGUGCUGUGGCAGAGAAGGAAGGAUGGCCUGUGGACAUCCGAGUGGGCCUGAUCGGCAGCUGCACCAAUUCAAGCUAUGAGGACAUGGGGCGCUCGGCAGCUGUGGCCAAGCAAGCACUGGCCCAUGGACUCAAGUGCAAGUCUCAAUUCACCAUCACUCCAGGCUCUGAACAGAUCCGUGCCACCAUUGAGCGGGACGGCUACGCACAGAUCCUGAGGGAUGUGGGCGGCAUCGUCCUGGCCAAUGCCUGUGGCCCAUGCAUUGGCCAGUGGGACAGAAAGGACAUCAAGAAGGGAGAGAAGAAUACAAUCGUCACUUCCUACAACAGGAACUUCACAGGCCGCAACGACGCGAACCCCGAGACCCACGCCUUCGUCACGUCCCCAGAGAUUGUCACAGCCUUGGCCAUUGCGGGAACCCUCAAGUUCAACCCAGAGACUGAUUUCCUGACAGGCAAGGAUGGCAAGAAGUUCAAGCUGGAGGCUCCCGAUGCUGAUGAACUUCCCCAAGCGGAGUUCGACCCAGGGCAGGACACCUACCAGCACCCCCCUAAGGACAGUAGCGGGCAGCGGGUCGAUGUGAGCCCCACCAGCCAGCGCCUGCAGCUCCUGGAGCCUUUUGACAAGUGGGACGGCAAAGACCUGGAAGAUCUGCAGAUCCUCAUCAAGGUCAGCAGCGCAGCGGGGAGGGAGGACAGCCCUAAGCUGCCAUGGCUGGGCAGGUGGGGACAGUACCCUCCUAUGCCUCAUAACCUCACCCUUCUUGCCUGGCAGAAACACGGCAUCAAAUGGGUGGUGAUUGGAGAUGAGAACUAUGGCGAGGGCUCGAGCCGGGAGCACGCGGCGCUAGAGCCGCGCCACCUCGGGGGCCGGGCCAUCAUCACCAAGAGCUUCGCCAGGAUCCACGAAACCAACCUGAAGAAGCAGGGCUUGCUGCCCCUCACCUUUGCUGACCCAGCCGACUACAACAAGAUUCACCCUGUGGACAAGCUGACCAUUCAGGGCCUGAACGACUUCGCCCCCGGCAAGCCCCUGAAAUGCAUCAUCAAACACCCUAACGGCACCCAGGAGACCAUCCUUCUGAACCACACCUUCAACGAGACCCAGAUCGAGUGGUUCCGUGCCGGCAGCGCCCUGAACAGAAUGAAGGAGCUGCAGCACUAAGGCCCAGGACUCAGGUUGCCCCUCCGACCCUGCGCUGGCGUUACGUACAAAUGCAGCUGCACGUGCGCCGUCAGAGCCGAUCUGAUCCAUCCAGCCAUGGCUUCUUGCUCCAAGAUGGUGUGACCAGACACGCUUCCUGCCCUCCAUUCCCUCAGCCUAUGGAGUGACCGCAGUUGGGGGUCGUUCUUAAGAUAAUUUUUUAGCCCCUGCCUUCCUGUUUUUAGUUUGGUUCAGAUCUUGAGCAACUCCGUGCAACUGUAUUUAUUUUUGAUGACAAGAUUCACACCUAAAGAAGUUUUUCUCCUUCCUGAUCAUUUCACUUGUGGCUGAAGGAUUUUAGAGAACCUUUUGCUCUUGCAAGGAAAAUAAGAAUCCAAAUUCAGCGGCUGUUCCUA